CAAUUGUCAAUGUCAUGAUAAGACAAGACCUCUAUGUGGCAUGUGUUUAGGUCCAGUAUAAAAAUUAUUUCGUCAGCUUCAAACUUUUACUUUUAGGUUUUACGUCUGUAGGGUCUAAUCGAAGAUUUUUGAAUUAAGAGAUAAAUACGCGCCGGAGAUGGCUACUUGGGAAGAAAAAAAACAUUUAAUCACUCGAAACCUACAAGAGGUUUUGGGGGAUGAAAAACUCACGGAAAUCUUAAAACAACGCGACCUAAAAAUUUAUUGGGGAACUGCAACAACUGGGAGGCCCCACGUCGCUUAUUUCGUUCCUAUGUCUAAAAUAGCUGACUUUCUCAAAGCCGGUUGUGAAGUCACUAUACUAUUUGCUGACUUACAUGCCUACUUAGACAAUAUGAAAGCACCUUGGGAGCUUCUCAAACUCCGUACGCAAUAUUAUGAAGCAGCUAUUAAAGCGAUGUUAACGUCUAUAGAUGUACCAUUAGAGAAGCUUAAAUUUGUGAGAGGUACUGAGUAUCAGUUGAAUAAAGAGUACACUUUGGAUGUGUACCGUAUGACCUCUGUUAUAACUGAGCAUGAUGCUAAGAAGGCAGGUGCAGAGGUGGUCAAGCAGGUUGAUCACCCACUAUUAAGUGGUCUCCUGUACCCAGGUCUUCAAGCAUUGGAUGAGGAGUAUUUAAAGGUAGAUGCACAAUUUGGUGGAGUGGAUCAAAGAAAAAUCUUCACAAUGUCAGAAAAAUACUUGCCUCAACUUGGAUAUGCAAAACGCAUACAUUUGAUGAAUCCAAUGGUACCUGGCUUAACAGGAGGUAAGAUGUCUGCCUCUGAAGAGGAUAGCAAGAUUGAUUUAUUAGACAACCCAAGCAAUGUGAAGAAA